AUGAGGAAAGUGAAUGAAUUACUAUAAUUGAAAAAGGUUUCUAUGAAUCACAAUUAAGUUAAUAAAGAUUCGGGUGUUUUUUGGGAUAUAGAAAGAACUACAAGUUAUGAAACCAGUCAAUUCAGAAGAUCUAUGGACUUAACAUCAUAUAGACGAACGUCUACUUCUUCAAAAGGAGAAAAUUCAAUCAGUCCUAAUUUACAGAGAAGAAAUUCUUUCGUAACUUUUGAAUCAAAUGAUUUACGUCUGUCAAUUAGGGAAAUUAAAAACAUAGAUGAGUAAUUCUACAAAAUAUGGUUAGUCCUAAAAAACAUAUAUGUAUGACUGAAUUGCAAUACAAAAUAUGGAGAACUGUAACAAAAUGUUAGAAAUCAUAAUUAGUACGUUAUUUUAUUAAUUUAGGAAUAAACAUAUAUAAUUGAUAUCAUAGUAAUAAGUUAAGGAUAAGAGUAUGAAUUUAAAUUUGAUUUAUCGAAAUUAUCAUGUUUUAUGACUAUAAAAGAACUUUGUGAACAGAUUCAUUUAAUAUUUAUAGAAUAAAGAAAUCAAAGUACAUUUAAAUAAAUAUUUAGACAGAACUUUAAGAUCCUCAGUUACAUAUUUUAAUAGGAAUAAUAAAAACAUAAAGACUUGAUGGUGAUAUAAGAUUGUUUGAAUUAAUAAAUUUACUUCUAAAUGGAUAAAAAACAUUGAUUCUUCAAUAAGGCGUCCAUAAUUUAUUAUGA